AUGUCACGCCAUCGUACGAUUCGAAAUAUGAAAGUUGAAGAUGAUGAAUAUUUCAUGACAGAAGUACAAAAAGAUAAUAUAAAUGAUGAAGAAAUAGAAAAUACUUUAUGGAAUUAUUAUUUUGAUGUUGAGAAAACUAUUUCUUUGUUACUGGAUCCAAGAAUUAAUAAUCUUUCAUUGGAUGAUGAAGGGUCUCUUCGUUCUAUAAUCUCUAAUAUCUCUAAUGUUAAUACUACUGCAAUCGAUUAUCAUUCGAAAAUCAAGGACAUUUGGGAUGGACAUAACGUAAAAUGGAGUAGUUUGACAGAAAAAAAGUUGAAUUCUGAAGAAAAUACUUUAAUCCAAUUAGAAAGAAACAUCAUUUAUAAAAAUGGAUUAUUAGGUGGAACUGAUUCAAGAAACGAGAAAUCUUCGAUUCAAUCCAAGAUUUCUAGUCUGAGAGGGAAACAAUCUUCAAGAAUAUCAUUAACUUCAACCCUGACAAAUAUGACACGUAAUCGAAAUUCUGAAUCAAAUGAAGAAUCAUCAAAGUUUGAAUCAGAAAGUCAAAGUCCGUCACUUUCUUCAUUAGCACAAAAAUAUUCAUCUCAAUCGAGUGGUCGAUUAUCUUUGAGGAAUCUCUCAUCAAAUAAAUCACCACAAAUUCAAUCACAUAAUAAAAAUCCUUUCAUCUCAAUGCCAUCCAUUUUCGCUAUCGCGUUAUUUGAAAAUCUUCAGAAUACUCUUCCCCCUUCUAAUGACCUUUUUACAUUUGAACUUUUUUCCCCAGGUUCAAACACAAAUUGUUUUGCUUUUGAUGAACCAAGUCCUGAUGAUGAAUGUAUGAAAGCACAAAGUCUUCGAAAAACUGGUACAACAAAAGAUAAAGGAAAAGAUAAAGGAAAAGAUAAAGAUAAAGGAAAAGACAAAGGAAAAGAUAAAGGAAUAGAUAAGGGAAAAGUACAGUUAAGAUUCGAUGUGGGAGCACUUGGAUUAAAUGAUUUGAAUGAAUCUUUAACUGAGACAGGUGAAUCGGUUCAAGAAGAAUCAUCAAUAAUCACCAAACCGAAACAAGAAGAUUUACCUAAAGUCACAACAAAAGCACGUAAACUCUCAAAGCGAAUUAAUGUUUUAGAAGAAUAUAAAAAGCGUAUAGCUGAUAAAUUAUCUUUAAAUUUAGUAAUUAUUGGUCAUGUUGAUGCAGGGAAGAGUACGCUUAUGGGACAUUUAUUAUAUUUUCUUGGAGAGGUAAAUGAGAAGACUAUGAAAAAAUAUGAAAGGGAUUCUUCAAAAAUUGGGAAAUCAUCUUUUUCAUUUGCAUGGGUUCUCGAUGAAACAAAUGAAGAACGAAGCAGAGGAGUUACCAUGGAUAUUGCUAUUAUGAAAUUCGAGACACCAAAUCGAAAUUUUACGUUACUAGAUGCUCCAGGUCAUAGAGACUUUAUACCGAAUAUGAUUUCCGGUGCAGCCCAAGCAGAUGUAGCUAUUUUAGUGGUUGAUUCUACCACUGGAGAAUUUGAAGCAGGUUUUGAAUCAAAUGGACAAACAAAAGAACACGCCUUACUAGUAAGAAGUUUAGGCGUACAACAAUUAAUUGUGGCUGUUAAUAAAUUGGAUGUUGUAACAAAUUUCAAAAAAAAUAAUGUUUUUUAUAUCCCAUGUAGUGGAUUAACUGGUGAAAAUCUUGUAAAAAGAGAUUCCAAAAUUAUGGAAUGGUAUAAUGGACCAACUUUGGUUGAACAAUUAGAUAAUCUUGAACCACCAACACGUCUUUUGGAGGAACCAUUUAGACUUUCUGUGAAUGACUUCUUUAAAGGGGGUAUAGGAAAUGUUGGUGGAGUAACAGUUGCUGGUAGAAUAGGAGGAGGUACAAUUCAAGUUGGCGAAGAAGUUAUGGCUAUCCCUGGAGGUGAGACUGGAGUUGUAAAGGUUAUUGAAAUUAAUGAAAUAUCAUCACAAAUUCUCACAUUUGAUAUUAAAAUUCCCAUAACAAGAGGAUUUCCCGUUAUACUUCAUAGGCAAAGUCUUAAUGAGCCAGCUGUUAUUAUCAAAUUAGAAUCUAUUAUAGAUCGAAAUACAGGGAAAGUAACAAAGAAAAAUCCAAGGCAUAUUUCUAAAUCCACUACAGCUAUCGUUGAAAUUAAAUUGUCUAAUAGAUCAAUUCCUUUGGAAACAUUUGAAGAUAAUAAAGAACUGGGAAGAAUAAUGUUAAGAAAAGGUGGAGAAACAAUUGCUGCAGGAAUUGUUAAGAAAUUAAUCUCUUUGGGGUCUUGA